AUGGUCACUAUCGGUAUUAACGGCUUCGGCAGAAUCGGACGUCUCGUCUUGAGAAUCGCCCUUGAGAGAAAGGACAUCAAGGUUGUCGCUGUCAACGACCCUUUCAUUGCUGCUGACUACGCCGCCUACAUGUUCAAGUACGACUCCACCCACGGUCAGUACAAGGCUGAGGUUUCCAGCGAAGGCAGCAACUUGAUCAUCGGCGGCCAAAAGAUCAAGGUCUACGGUGAGAAGGACCCAGCCCAGAUCCCAUGGGGUGCUGACGGUGUCGACUUGGUUGUGGACUCCACCGGUGUUUUCACCAAGCUCGAGGGUGCCCAGAAGCACAUUGACGCUGGUGCCAAGAAGGUCGUGAUCACCGCUCCUUCUGCUGACGCUCCAAUGUUCGUUGUCGGUGUCAACGAGAACGAGUACGCUGGCCAGCUGAUCAUCUCCAACGCUUCUUGUACCACCAACUGUUUGGCUCCAUUGGCCAAGGUCAUUGACGACAACUUCGGCAUUGAGGAGGCCUUGAUGACCACUGUCCACUCCAUCACUGCUACCCAGAAGACCGUGGAUGGUCCUUCCCACAAGGACUGGAGAGGCGGUAGAACUGCUUCUGGCAACAUCAUUCCAUCUUCCACCGGUGCUGCCAAGGCCGUCGGUAAGGUUAUUCCUCACUUGAACGGUAAGUUGACCGGUAUGGCUUUGAGAGUUCCUACUGUGGAUGUCUCUGUUGUCGACUUGACCGCCAAGUUGAAGAAGGACGUCACCUACGAGGAGGUUUGUGCUGCUGUGAAGAAGGCUUCUGAGGGUAAGUUGAACGGUGUUUUGGGCUACACCGAGGACGCCGUUGUGUCUUCCGACUUCCUUUCUUCCAAGUACUCUUCCGUCUUUGACGCCAAGGCUGGUAUCUUGUUGUCUCCUAAGUUCGUCAAGUUGAUUGCUUGGUACGACAACGAGUACGGUUACUCCACCAGAGUCGUUGACUUGGUUGAGUACGUCGCCAAGAACUAG